CUGUUAAAGCCGCCGCCUCCACUAGACCACUACCCACCCCUCCAGCUCCAGGCCACCACAGCUAAACACUCGCUCCCUGCGCGUUCGAGAGAGAGCUCAAGCGAGAGGAGCCGAGGCCCAAAUCCAAAUCCAAAUCCCACGCCCGCACGCCGAGAUGAGGUCGUCGCUGCUGAGAUCCGCGUCGCAGCACCUGCGCCGCCGCGGCUACGCCUCCGCCGCGGGGGGCCAACCGGAGCGGAAGGUGGCCAUCCUCGGCGCGGCGGGCGGCAUCGGCCAGCCCCUGGCGCUCCUCAUGAAGCUCAACCCGCUCGUCUCCUCCCUCUCCCUCUACGACAUCGCCGCCACCCCCGGCGUCGCAGCCGACGUCUCCCACAUCAACUCGCCCGCCCUUGUCAAGGGGUUCGUGGGGGAUGACCAGCUCGGGGAGGCGCUGGAGGGGGCCGACCUGGUGAUCAUCCCGGCCGGGGUGCCCAGGAAGCCCGGCAUGACCAGGGACGACCUCUUCAAGAUCAACGCCGGCAUUGUCAAGGGCCUCUGCACCGCCAUCUCCAAGUACUGCCCCAACGCUCUUGUCAAUAUGAUCAGCAACCCUGUCAACUCGACUGUCCCGAUUGCAGCUGAGGUGUUCAAGAAGGCUGGUACUUACGAUGAGAAGAAGCUGUUUGGUGUUACCACUCUUGAUGUUGUUCGUGCCAAGACAUUCUAUGCUGGAAAGGCGAACGUGCCCGUUACUGGGGUGAAUGUUCCUGUUGUCGGUGGCCAUGCUGGUAUUACUAUCCUGCCACUGUUCUCACAGGCUACUCCUUCAAGCAAUGCAUUGUCCCACGAAGACCUCAAGGCCCUCACCAAGAGGACACAAGACGGUGGAACGGAAGUUGUUGAAGCAAAGGCCGGAAAGGGCUCCGCAACACUAUCGAUGGCCUAUGCUGGUGCAGUUUUUGGAGAUGCAUGCUUGAAAGGGCUCAACGGAGUUCCUGACAUCAUAGAGUGCUCUUUUGUGCAAUCAACCGUAACAGACCUGCCAUUCUUUGCCUCCAAGGUGAGGCUAGGCAAGAACGGAGUGGAGGAAGUGAUCGGGCUGGGUGAGCUGUCCGCCUUUGAGAAGGAGGGUCUCGAGAGCCUCAAGGGCGAGCUGAUGUCUUCCAUCGAGAAGGGUAUCAAGUUUGCGCAGGAGAACUAAGCAGCCUGCUCUAUUCUAACGAUUCAUACAUGAACUUGAUGGGAUUUUUUUGGUUCGACUGCUUCCCCUGCCCCCUUUUGCUCGGGGCAUUGACGCCUCAGUAUUCCACAAUAAAAUGUAGCGGCUUGAUGCCAAACUGAGCAGAACUUGCAAGUACACUACCAUCAUGAAGCAAACAGAAGGUUUGGUGGAAAUCGCUUCGAUUUGCUGUUUUUGUUCUACAAGGAUAGGUCAUUGAUCUGUCGAUUAGGUAUCAGUGGAAAUCGCUUUGAUUUGUCA